GGACGAGCGGCGCUCAGUUCUUUGAGGGUAGUUAGUUGGACAACGGCGUUGCCGAAAACGGGCCACCUCAGCUGCCGCACAACCAAUUUUUGGCCAUGUACAUAAAACAAAACCAAACCGGUUAACAUCAAACACAAAAUGCAAUUAGCCAACUACAGAGGGCCACUAACAAGCACCGCAGAAGUCAACAAACUAACUAAAAAGUGCAAUCAACUAAAUUAGUGCAAGCAGCAAGCAGCAAACAGCAGGCAGCCGAAGGAGACAGGUAGGAGAGGGCCAGACGGAAAAGGAAAUGCCCAUUGAGCCGACAACGCCACCGCCUGACGACUGCAACAACAGCAAUAUAAGUAACAAUACAACACUGCCCCCCCACACUCACACAUGUAGCUUCUCUGUGAGUCAGUGCAUUCGGUGUGUGUGUGUGUGCGUGCGCGCGUGUGAGUGAGCCAACAAAUUGUUGCGGCUAAUAGAACAGGAAGCGAAGGAGGAGGAGCAGCAGCAGCAGCAGCAGGAGGAGAAGCAAUUUUCAUACGCCGCCAGUUCGUCAGCGAAAAUCAUUCAAAAUUCAUCGUCUAAACAAAACGGCAAUGGGCAGUCCAUACUACCGCGACAUGGAUGAGCCAACCAGUCCCGCCGGAGCGGGCCACCAUCGCAGCCGGAGCGCCAGCAGACCACCGAUGGCCCAUGCCAUGGACUAUCCAAGAACCCGCUAUCAGUCGCUGGAUCGCGGGGGCCUCGUCGAUCCGCACGAUCGGGAGUUCAUACCUAUACGCGAGCCCCGCGAUCGUUCGCGGGACAGAUCGCUGGAGCGAGGCCUCUACCUAGAGGACGAGCUCUAUGGGCGGUCGGCACGCCAGAGUCCCAGUGCCAUGGGCGGCUACAAUACGGGCAUGGGGACCACCUCGGACCGCGCCUAUCUGGGGGAUCUGCAGCACCAGAACACCGAUCUGCAGCGGGAGCUGGGCAACCUCAAGCGGGAGCUGGAGCUGACCAACCAGAAGCUGGGCAGCUCGAUGCACAGCAUCAAGACGUUCUGGUCGCCGGAGCUGAAGAAGGAGCGGGCCCUGCGCAAGGAGGAGAGCGCCAAGUACAGUCUGAUCAACGAUCAGUUGAAGCUACUCAGCACAGAGAAUCAGAAACAAGCUAUGUUGGUGCGCCAGCUGGAGGAGGAGCUUCGUCUAAGGAUGCGACAGCCCAACCUGGAGAUGCAGCAGCAGAUGGAGGCCAUCUAUGCGGAGAACGAUCAUCUGCAGCGAGAGAUCAGCAUCUUGCGGGAGACGAUCAAGGAUCUGGAGUGCCGGGUCGAGACCCAGAAGCAGACUCUGAUUGCCCGCGACGAGAGCAUCAAGAAGUUGCUGGAAAUGCUGCAGGCCAAGGGAAUGGGCAAAGAGGAGGAGCGCCAGAUGUUCCAGCAGAUGCAGGCCAUGGCCCAGAAGCAGAUGUACAAUAACUACACGGGCAUCAGCGGGUGCAGCCCCCCAAUGCCAGACAUUAUCGGACAAUAUUACGUCCCGCCUGCGCACGCAUACGGCCCUGGCCCCGGCCCUGGAAACGGCUAUGGUAACGCGUACGAUCUGUACGGACCCUCCACAUCGUCGGGAGGAUAUUUAUAUGACCCGGGCGCAGCUGCUGCUGCAGCGGCCGCUGCCCAGAUCUACGGCCAGAGCCAGACCUCGCCCAUACGCCGGAGGCGCUACAGCAUCGCCGGACUGCCCUCGGCCACCAUGUAUAACGACGUAUACGGCUACCCGGCCCCGCCCCAGCACCAGACGAGCUCCUCGAACAUCGUUAACCUGCUGAACGAGGCCCACAAGUCGAUAUCGCGCUCCUCCCAGAUACUCAAUCUCACAAACCAGGCGCGCCAGUUGGGCCAACUGGUGACCACUCCCCUCGGGGUAUGCGGUGUCGGAGGCGGCCGGGUAGUUACCAGCUACCCCACCCUGCUCCCUGGCGAUACCUCGCCCCCGUAUCUCAACGACAAUCUGCUGCAAAUGUCCACGAGCUUCUCCUCCCAACCGAACAUGUAUUUCCAACCGCAGCCGCAGCAGGUGCCGCUCCCCACGCAGCUGGCGGCCGCCCAGAGCGCCGCUGCAGUGGCUGCGCGCCUGAGGCCCGCGUAUUCCGUCACCAACCUGAUGUCGGGAUAUCCGGGCUCUGCCGGCCAGGGCAUGGGAAUGGGAAUGGGACUCGGGUUGGGGGGCUGCAAGUAUGGGAUGACGGGCCACGCGAAUCCCUAUCAGAGUGAGAUGCAGCCCUCCUCCGGCUACGGAGGACUUGGACUGGGCCUGGGACCGUUCCAGCAGCGGCAGCUCAUGUCACACUCCCUGCACGCCUCCAACCCCGCCAUCUCGCAGUACUAUCAGCAGCAGCACCAGCCGUCGGCCAGCUCCGCCGCGGCCCUCGCCUACAAUCUCCAGCAGCAGUUCGCCGGAAGCCAUCAUUACGGGAGCGGGGGACAGCCGCCGCUGGGACACUCGCACAUCCAGGCCUCGGUGCAGCAGCAGUUACAUCCGCAGUACCAGUACCAUGUGCACCAGCACCAGAACCACCUUCAGACCCACACCCUGGCGUCGCUAGCCAACACGAGUGUAACGUUCGGAGGGACUCUGGCCAGCAGUGCCAGGGACGCGGUCGCCGGAGCCGCCUACGAGGGACGGCAUCACUCGCAUCCGCAUCACUCGCAUUCGCAUCUGCAUCCGCACUCGCAUCACCAUCACUCGGCAUACCCGCACUCGCAUUCGCACCAUCAGCAGCAGCCGCAUCAUCACCACCAUCUGCCAUACUCAAAACUAGACUUAGAUUAUCCGAAACUGCCGCAAGAGCAUAAGCGACAAUUGGACGAAUUUCGUCUUGAAAUACAAAGAAGGGAUCAAGAGAUCCUGGCGAUGGCGGCCAAAAUGAAAACACUGGAGGAGCAGCAUCAGGACUAUCAGCGGCACAUAGCGGUGCUCAAGGAGUCGCUAUGUGCCAAAGAGGAGCACUACAACAUGCUGCAUUCGGACGUGGAGGAGAUGCGGGCCCGCCUCGAGGAGAAGAACCGCCUGAUCGAGAAGAAGACCCAGGGCACCCUGCAGACGGUUCAGGAGCGCAACCGUCUCACCAGCGAGCUGACCGAACUCAAGGAUCAUAUGGACAUCAAGGAUCGCAAGAUCAGUGUGCUGCAGCGCAAGAUCGAGAACCUGGAGGAUCUGCUCAAGGAGAAGGACAACCAGGUGGACAUGGCACGGGCCCGCCUGUCGGCCAUGCAGGCCCACCACAGCAGCUCCGAAGGUGCUCUGACCAGCCUCGAGGAAGCCAUCGGCGACAAGGAGAAGCAAAUGGCCCAGCUGCGCGAUCAGCGCGAUCGGGCCGAGCACGAGAAGCAAGAGGAGCGCGAUCUGCACGAGCGUGAGGUGGCUGACUACAAAAUCAAGUUGCGCGCCGCCGAGAGCGACGUUGAGAAGCUGCAGACCCGCCUGGAGCGGGCCGUCAACGAGCGCGAGAGGCUCGAGAUCAAGUUGGAGGCUUCCCAGAGCGAGCUGGGCAAGUCGAAGGCGGAGCUCGAGAAGGCCACCUGCGAGAUGGGACGAAGCAGCGCCGACUGGGAGUCCACCAAGCAACGGAUCGCCCGCCUCGAACUGGAGAACGAGCGGCUGAAACACGAUCUGGAGCGUUCCCAGCUGCAGCUAGAAGAACAGACCACACUACACAAAACAUCAUUUGGCAGGACCACGAUGACCACGUCCCAGGAGCUGGACCGGGCCACGGAGCGGGCUGACAAGGCGGCCGCCGAGCUGCGACGCACCCAAGCAGAGCUGAGAGUCACACAGGGCGAAACUGAAAAACGUUUUUCGGAUGCGGAACGGGCACGUGAAGAGGGCGCCGCCCUGCAGGAGAAGCUGGAAAAGAGUCAGGGCGAGGUCUAUCGGCUGAAGGCGAAGCUGGAAAACGCGCAGGGCGAACAGGAGAGUCUGCGCCAGGAGCUGGAGAAGGCGCAGAGCGGCGUCUCGCGCAUCCAUGCCGAUCGAGACCGGGCCUUCUCCGAGGUUGAAAAGAUCAAGGAGGAGAUGGAGCGCACCCAGGCCACGCUAGGCAAAGCGCAGCUCCAGCAUGAGAAGCUGCAGAACUCGCUGGACAAGGCCCAGAACGAGGUCGACCACCUGCAGGACAAGCUGGACAAGGCGUGCACCGAGAACCGACGCCUGGUGCUCGAGAAGGAGAAGCUCACCUACGACUACGACAACCUCCAAUCGCAGCUGGACAAGGCUCUGGGACAGGCGGCGCGCAUGCAGAAGGAGCGCGAGACCCUCACCCUAGACACUGAUCGCAUCCGGCAGAAAUUGGAGAAGACUCAGAUGCAUUUGGCGCGCAUCCAGAAAGAGCGGGAUCAAUUCUCAGACGAGCUGGAAACGAUCAAGGAGCGCUCGGAGUCCUCGCAGACGCUUCUCAUGAAGGCGGCUCGCGAUCGGGAGGCGAUGCAAACGGAUCUGGAGGUGCUAAAGGAGCGCUACGAGAAGUCGCAUGCCAUACAGCAGAAACUCCAGAUGGAGCGGGACGAUGCCGUGACCGAGGUGGAGAUACUCAAGGAGAAGCUGGACAAGGCCCUAUACGCCAGCCAGAAGCUGAUCGACGAGAAGGACACCUCCAACAAGGAGUUCGAGAAGAUGCUGGAGAAGUACGAUCGCGCCCAGAACGAGAUCUACCGCCUCCAAUCUCGCUGUGACACCGCCGAGGCUGAUCGCGCCCGCCUGGAGGUAGAGGCGGAACGAUCGGGCCUGGCCGCCAGCAAGGCCCGCGAGGAUCUGCGCAAACUCGAAGACGAGAGCACGCGGCUCCAGGAGGCCUGCGAUCGGGCGGCCCUGCAGCUGAGCCGAGCCAAGGAGUGCGAGGACAAUGCCCGCAGCGAGCUGGAGCACCACCGAGAUCGCUUCGACAAAAUGCAGACGGACAUCCGCCGGGCCCAAGGCGAGAAGGAGCACUUCCAGUCGGAGCUGGAGCGCGUCACCUACGAGCUGGAGCGGGCGCAUGCCGCCCAGACCAAGGCAGGAGCCAGCGUGGAGGCUGCCAAAGAGGAAGCCGCCCACUACGCGGUCGAGCUGGAGAAGAUGCGCGACCGAUACGAGAAGAGCCAGGUGGAGCUGCGCAAGCUCCAGGACGUGGACACCUUUGGGCGGGAGACGCGGCGCCUCAAGGAAGAGAACGAGCGGCUGCGCGAGAAGCUGGACAAGACGCUCAUGGAGCUGGAGACGAUCCGCGGCAAGUCGCAGUACGAGUCGGAGUCGUUCGAGAAGUACAAGGACAAGUACGAGAAGAUCGAGAACGAGAUCCAGAACAUGGAGUCGAAGCUGCACGAGACCAGCCUGCAGCUGGAGCUCUCCAAGGGAGAGGUGGCCAAGCUGCUGGCCAAUCAGGACAAGCAGCGCUCGGAGCUGGAGCGGGCUCACAUCGAGCGCGAGAAGGCGCGGGACAAGCACGAGAAGCUGCUGAAGGAGGUCGAUCGUUUGCGCCUACAACAGUCCUCGGUGAGCCCCGGCGAUCCGGUUCGCUCCUCCGCCUCUACCUCGGGGUUGUCGGCGGGCGAGCGGCAAGAGAUCGACCGGCUGCGCGAUCGCCUCGAGAAGGCGCUGCAGUCGCGCGAUGCCACCGAACUGGAGGCCGGUCGCCUGGCCAAGGAACUGGAGAAGGCGCAAAUGCAUCUGGCCAAGCAGCAGGAGAACACCGAGUCCACGCGCAUCGAGUUCGAGAGCAUGGGCGCGGAGCUGGGACGCCUCCACGACCGCCUCGAGAAGUCCGAGUCAGAGAAGGAGUCGCUGCGCCAGGCCAGCCGCAGCGCAGGCGCAGGAGCAGCCGGAGGUGCUGCCCAUCCCCAGCUGGAGAAGCACGUGCAGAAGCUGGAGACCGACAUCAAGCAACUGGCCACGGAGCGCGAGCAGCUCGUCCUGCAGCUGGAAAAGAGCCAGGAGAUCCUCAUGAACUUCCAGACGGAGCUGCAGAACGCCGAGGCGGAGCUGCAAAAGACGCGCGAGGAGAACCGGAAGCUGCGGAACGGCCAGCAGGUGCCCGCGGCAGCCCCCGCCGAAAUUCAGGCCAUGCAGAAGGAGAUCCAAGCGCUCCAGCAGAAGCUGCAGGAGUCGGAGCGAGCUCUGUCCGCGGCAGGACCUCAGCAGGCGGCGGCGGCAGCAGCGGUGGUGGGCGCCCGACCCGAGGAGAUCGAGCAGUGGCGCAAGGUCAUCGAGCAGGAGAAGGGACGCGCCGACAUGGCCGACAAGGCCGCCCAGGAAAUGCACAAGCGCAUCCAGUUAAUGGACCAACACAUCAAGGAUCAGCACGCUCAGAUGCAAAAGAUGCAGCAGCAGAUGCAGCAACAGGCGGCACAGCAGCAGCAGUCAGCGGCAGGUGCCGCAGCCGGAGCCGGUGCCGAUGCAAAGGAGCUGGAGAAGGUCCGAACCGAGCUGCAAGCGGCCUGCACCGAGAGGGAUCGCUUCCAACAGCAGCUAGAACUGUUGGUCCAGGAACUCGAAAAGAGUCAGCUCUCGAAUCAGGAGCAGGCCAAGCAAUUGCAGACCGCCCAACAGCAAGUGCAGCAGUUGCAGCAACAGAUCCAGACGCUGCAACAGCAGAUGCAGCAGCUGCAGCAGGCUGGCAGUGCGGUAGCUGCCGCCACGGCUGUGCAGCACCAGCAGCUGGAGCAGCAGCAGAAGCAGCUGGAGGAGGUGCGCAGGCAGAUCGACAACCAGGCCAAGGCCACCGAGGGCGAGCGGAAGAUCAUCGACGAGCAGCGCAAGCAGAUCGAGGCCAAGCGCAAGGACAUCGAGGACAAGGAGAAGAAGAUGUCCGACUUCGAUGUGCAACUCCGCAAGCGCAAGGAGCAGAUGGACCAGCUGGAGAAAUCCCUUCAGACUCAGGGAGGCGGCGCGGCGGCGGCGGGCGAGCUCAACAAGAAGCUCAUGGAUACGCAACGGCAACUGGAAGCGUGCGUGAAGGAGCUGCAGAACAUAAAGGAGGAGCACACGAAAGCGGCAACCGAAACGGAGCGUUUGCUGCAAUUGGUACAAAUGUCGCAGGAGGAGCAGAAUGCCAAGGAGAAGACCAUCAUGGAUUUGCAACAAGCCUUGAAGAUCGCUCAAGCCAAAGUCAAACAAGCACAAACGCAACAACAGCAGCAGCAGGAUGCUGGACCAGCUGGCUUCUUGAAGAGCUUUUUCUAAACGGUGCCCGCAAGCGAGAAAAACAAGCCCCACACACCCACAGCUACAUAUGCAGAUGCAGAUAUUUACCUAAUACGAUAAAAAUGAAAAAAGAAUAUCCAAAAGCACUGUCUACUAUAUUGUAUACUACCGAUGCCAGAUACUUAUACCAUAUACAUACAUACAUAUGCAGUAUUUCUACAACUCUCACAAACCAACACAUUUGUAAAUGACACCAUGUAAAUGCGAAAUGAAAAUGCAAAAUGCAGAAUGCAAAAUGCAAAAUGCAGAUUGCAGAGUGCAGAAUGCAAAUUAUUUGAUAUUUAUGUGUAUUGUGUAAAAUUAGGUUGCCGCUAUACUCAAAUUAUGGAUGCAUUUAAAUGUCAGCUCGUAAAGCUUAAUUUCUCUCGAACUUUCUUAACUCUCUUUCUCUCUGUAUCUCUAUCUCUAUCUCUCACUCGAUCCUUUUUCGAACACAACUUAAUGUUUAGCGUUAGUCAACCGAUCACAAUCUUGUCUCGCUCCCCCUCUCUGUCUAUAAAACCCGAACCAGAGCUUUCUGUCCAACACUUUCUCUCUGUCGCUCGCUGUCGAGUUUAUCGUAAAAGCACAGGAUCGUGACUACGCUACCACUCAAGAAGCCCCCAAUGUCCCCACGCAUCAGCCAUUGCAUCCAAACUGCGCGAAUGUGAUUUACAAAAGGGAAGGAAACAAAAAAGAAACGGUCAAAAGAGAAAUAAUUAUUAAAUACAAGUUAUUAACUAAUUUAACACUGUCGCAGUGCGAGUAGAUUAUGUAUCUGAUAUGCUAGCCUCUGUUAUAGUUAGAAAAACAUUAACCACACCACUCACACAAGGUUACAUUCCACACUGUACAUAAAGCAUAGACAUGACAUCCAACGUAGUCUAAUUCAUAAAACACGAAGAGCAGAACGGGAAAAGUAUUGAUACAGAAUAUACAAAUACCAUAUGUAGAGCAAUAAAUUAUACAACAAAAAUAAUACAGAUAUGAUAAAGAUAUGAGUACAGUAUAUUAUGUACUUCACAUGUAUGUAUAUUGUAGUUACAUGGAUUGCUAUUAAAAAUUAUAUUUAGGCGUGUACCAAAGAACUAUACAGAUCCAGUCGGGAUCUGGGAUGGACAAAGAACAAACGGAACUUAAAGAGAGAAUACCUAUAAAUCGUAAUAACUAAUAUGUAUAACUCCGAUAAUAAUGAACUCCGUUAAUCGUUAAUCGUACCAUCGUACCAUAACAAUUUACAGUUUAUAGUUUACAUUAAAUCCAUCACUACAAUAAUAAUACGAUCUUUAACAACUCGCAACUAGUUAUUUUAGUUCGUACACAAGCUUUACUUUUGUCAGCUGUGAAUCUGCAUUAAACAUCCAUACUUACUCGAACUCGAACGUAUAGGAAAUAUAUAUGUAGGAGAUUCCAGUGCCAGUCUAGUCCAGAAGUCGCUGGUACUUAAAUAUGUCUGUAUGUGGUCUAGAUGGAGUGCAGAAAGUGUUAAUGUUGUCGGUCAUAUAUGAGCUCUAUAGUAUAUAUGUAAAUGUUUAUGAUAUAUAUUUACAUAAAUAUGAUAAUAGUUACCAAAAAAGAUAUAAACAUUUUAUACGAUACGAUACAUACAUUUUAGUAAUUUUAUUUGUUUGGCUCACACUAACCCCACCCCCCUAUAAUUUGCUUUUUUGAAAUCUAGCUGAGACAAAACAAGUAUGGAACGAACACUGACUGUAGAAAGAAGAUCAUGGAAAGAGGAGUGGAGAAUGACGGAAUAAUCACUGCCAAUGUAAAGCAAGAAUAUUGAAAGAGAGAUAGUUGGAAGUCAGUGUAUUCCUAGGCUAUAUAAAUAGAUUUUCAGUUAAGUUCGGCUACGACGGCUACAGACCCAAACCACUAUGGCAUUCAGCAAAAGACGAAGCAAAAACAAAACACAAUCAUAUCAUACAAACCUAUAUCAAACCCAAGAAAAACGAGGGGGAACGUUGUGAGUUGCUGCGGACACCGCAACUCUACGGUUAUACCCGAUACUAA